GCGACCGAGCCUCUCCUGGAGGGUGCUGGAUGCUGAAGCAAGGCCAGGGAGAGGCUGCGAGGGCUGUGGGUGGGGUCCAACAACUCCUCCCCGGAUCGUUCUGAAGGCAGCUGACCUUUGAGGAGGAAAUCGCUGCUCUCUGCUCCUUCCUGUAGUAACAGCCGCCGCCGCCGCUACAGCCCGGAGACCGCGCCGGGUGCGAGCGCCGCGAGCGGAGAGCCGGCCCCGCCGCCUGACGGCUCGGCCCUGACCAGCCACGUGCCCGCGGGGACCGAGCCGUCGAGUGGGAACCGUGGCUGGUGCGGCCCUAACUUUGGGCCAGAAUACCCGGCUUUUCUAGAAAUUGGAACUCAAGGAAAGCCCGUCUGUGGAAGGGGAGGGGCGCUCUUCCGAGGUGCAGGGACAUGGCGGGCUGGAUUCAGGCCCAGCAACUGCAGGGAGAUGCGCUGCGCCAGAUGCAGGUGCUGUAUGGCCAGCACUUCCCCAUUGAGGUCCGGCAUUACUUGGCACAGUGGAUCGAGAGCCAACCGUGGGAUGCCAUUGAUCUGGACAAUCCCCAGGACCGAGCCCAGGCCACCCAGCUCCUGGAGGGCCUGGUACAGGAGCUGCAGAAGAAGGCAGAGCACCAAGUUGGGGAAGAUGGGUUUUUACUGAAGAUCAAGCUGGGGCACUAUGCCACGCAGCUCCAGAACACAUAUGACCGCUGCCCCAUGGAGUUGGUCCGCUGCAUCCGGCACAUUCUGUACAAUGAACAGAGGCUGGUCCGAGAAGCCAACAAUGGUAGUUCUCCAGUUGGGAGCCUUGCUGACGCCAUGUCCCAGAAGCACCUUCAGAUCAACCAGACAUUUGAGGAGCUGCGACUGGUCACACAGGACACAGAGAAUGAGCUGAAGAAGCUGCAGCAGACUCAAGAGUACUUCAUCAUCCAGUAUCAGGAGAGCCUGAGGAUCCAAGCUCAGUUUGCCCAGCUGGCCCAGCUGAGCCCCCAGGAGCGUCUGAGCCGGGAGACGGCCCUCCAGCAGAAGCAGGUGUCCCUGGAGGCCUGGCUGCAGCGUGAGGCCCAGACGCUGCAGCGGUACCGUGUGGAGCUGGCCGAGAAGCACCAGAAGACCCUGCAGCUGCUGCGGAAGCAGCAGACCAUCAUUCUGGAUGACGAACUGAUUCAGUGGAAGCGGCGGCAACAGCUGGCAGGGAAUGGAGGGCCCCCGGAAGGCAGCCUGGACGUGCUACAGUCCUGGUGUGAGAAGUUGGCGGAGAUCAUCUGGCAGAACCGGCAGCAGAUCCGCAGGGCCGAGCACCUGUGCCAGCAGCUGCCUAUCCCUGGCCCAGUGGAGGAGAUGCUGGCUGAGGUCAACGCCACCAUCACAGACAUCAUCUCAGCCCUGGUGACCAGCACUUUCAUCAUCGAGAAGCAGCCCCCUCAGGUCCUGAAGACCCAGACCAAGUUCGCGGCCACCGUGCGCCUGCUGGUGGGCGGGAAGCUGAAUGUGCACAUGAACCCACCCCAGGUGAAGGCCACGAUCAUCAGUGAGCAGCAGGCCAAGUCUCUGCUGAAGAACGAGAACACCCGCAACGAUUCCAGUGGAGAGAUCCUGAACAACUGCUGCGUCAUGGAGUAUCACCAAGCCACUGGCACCCUCAGCGCCCACUUCAGGAACAUGUCACUAAAGAGGAUCAAGCGUGCUGACCGGCGGGGUGCAGAGUCCGUGACGGAGGAGAAAUUCACAGUCCUGUUUGAGUCUCAGUUCAGUGUUGGCAGCAACGAGCUUGUGUUCCAGGUGAAGACCCUGUCCCUUCCUGUGGUUGUCAUUGUUCACGGCAGCCAGGACCACAAUGCCACUGCCACCGUGUUGUGGGACAAUGCAUUUGCUGAGCCUGGCAGGGUGCCAUUUGCCGUGCCUGACAAGGUGCUGUGGCCGCAGCUGUGUGAUGCGCUCAACAUGAAAUUCAAGGCAGAAGUGCAGAGCAGCCGGGGCCUGACCAAGGAGAACCUCGUGUUCCUGGCGCAGAAGCUGUUCAACAGCAGCAGCAGCCACCUCGAGGACUACAGCAGCAUGUCCGUGUCCUGGUCCCAGUUCAACAGGGAGAACUUGCCGGGCUGGAACUAUACCUUCUGGCAGUGGUUCGACGGGGUAAUGGAAGUGCUCAAGAAGCAUCACAAGCCCCAUUGGAAUGACGGGGCCAUCCUAGGUUUUGUGAAUAAGCAACAGGCCCAUGACCUGCUCAUCAACAAGCCCGAUGGGACCUUCUUGUUGCGCUUUAGCGACUCCGAAAUUGGGGGCAUCACCAUUGCCUGGAAAUUUGACUCUCCUGAUCGUAACCUAUGGAACCUGAAGCCUUUCACCACGCGGGAUUUCUCCAUCCGGUCCCUGGCCGACCGGCUGGGGGACCUGAACUAUCUCAUCUAUGUGUUUCCUGACCGCCCAAAGGAUGAGGUCUUCUCCAAAUACUACACUCCUGUCCUCGCUAAAGCAGUUGACGGAUACGUGAAGCCACAGAUCAAGCAGGUGGUCCCUGAGUUUGUGAACGCGUCAGCAGACUCUGCGGGGGGCAGUGCAGCCUACAUGGACCAGGCCCCAUCCCCAGCUGUGUGCCCCCAGGCCCAUUAUAACAUGUACCCACAGAACCCUGACCCUGUCCUCGACCAGGAUGGGGACUUCGACCUGGAUGAGACCAUGGAUGUCGCGAGGCACGUGGAGGAGCUCUUACGCCGACCGAUGGACAAUCUUGACCCCCGCCUCUCCCCACCUGCUGGCCUCUUUACCUCAGCCCGGGGCUCGCUCUCAUGAACAUUUGAACCCCAUGUUUCUUGUUGGAAACGAUAUUCAACGUGAAGGGUUAAUAGGAGUCGGGAUUUUAGUAUUUCUGUGCAUACAGAUGCCUUUGUAGGUGGCGUGUUACACGUGCGUGUGCGUGUGUGUGUGAGUUCGUGCACAAGGCAAGCCUGCCUCUCCUUUGCAGUCGUGGGUAUGUGGCUGCAGCUGUGGCAACCUCUUUCUUAAGAUGAAGGCUUGCUGAGAGUCCACGGGAUCCGUCUCUAUCGAGGAAGAGAUUGAGCUUCUGUUGUUGCAGGUGCUCGAUGCGGGCACCUUUAUCUGCUCAGCAGCUGUUUGGAGGAAGUUAUCCAAGAAGGGGAAGGCAGCAACUUUAAGCUGAAGUUUUACUUAUGAGUAAGAAGCUUUGCCCUCCCAAGCGUGUGUGUGUGUGUGCAUGUACUUAUGCAUAUGUGCAUCUGUUCUCACGAGUUGGUCUGUUGAUCCUUUCCCUCAAGAGGGAGGCCGGGGUUUGUUUUUUUUUUGUUGUUGUUGUUUUUGUUUUUUUUUAGAAAUAUUUUAUACCCUAUCUAAUGAAUAUGGACCCCAGACUUUUUGUGAACUCUAUGAGAGUUUGUCUGGGCCAUGGCUGUGCGGUUUACACUGUAGAGCUGGGAUGAUUUGAGUCAUGGCCGUCAGAGCUGCUCUGAGUAUGUGGUUUCUUGGCCUUGAGCUGGGGUGUGGUGGUUGGAGGGUGGGGGGCUUGGGUCUUGAGCCUUUGAGGCCUUUGCCCACAUUUCCUGCUCUCUUUCCAUCUAGGUCCCCUCCCCUCCAUCCAGCCCCUGCUUUCUUGCCCUGCCUCUGUUUGCAACCUUGCUUCCAGGAGAGGUGGGUGAGAGGGGGAAGGACUGGUCUAGGACAUGGUGAACAGGGCUUGGGGCUUGCAGAGUUGACCCCCACCCUGGGAAGCCAGAGUCAAGCAGCAAAACAGCCACUUGCCAUGUGCCUGUGGAAUCUGGAGUAAGGGGUAAAAGCUGAUCUCGGUGGAUUCUCCUGGGAGGUGGCACCUGGAAGAGGCCUCGCCGUGGUUGAGGCCCAUGGUCUGAGUCGGUCUUGCUCCCAGCCCCCCCACACACCUUCCUCAGAGGCUCUAUGACAAGCAGCCAGGGUGCUGAGUGUGGGAAAACGGGGGUCCCGGGUUUAAGCAUCGCUGAAGGAAGGUGGGAACCAAAAGAGGGAUGCUUUGGAACUUUGUACAUCGACCACACAUUUGCGUAAAACUCAAACUGAUUUUUGAAUAAAAUAUUUUUUUUCAUAAA